AUGAAGUCUAUUGCAAUAGACAGUGAUGGUCGUUUGGAAGUUAAGUUUAACUCAAAGGGACAACCAAUAGGUGCAACAUCAAUAUCUUUGUCUUCAUUUUUGGGUGCACUUGUUAGAGAAAUUGUACCAAUAACGAUAAAAGAUUUGAGGAAGAUUCCUCUAGAAAUGAAAGAGGUCUUAUGGAAAUCUAUUCAGGCAAGAUAUAAGGUUGACAAAGAUUGGCAAAAGAACUAUAUAUUCAAAAGUAUGGCAGAUAUUUGGAGAGCUUCAAAAUCAAGGCUAGUUACUAAAAUAACAAAGACACCAAAUGAAGAAGCAAGAUUGAAACUAAAGCCUGAUAAUAUUAAAUCCAUGAAUGAGUGGAAAAGUUUUGUUAAGGAAAAAAAUAGUGCUGAGUUUAAGGCUACAAGUGAGAAAUUCAGAAAAAUACGGACAAAGCAACUACCCCACACUUGUAGUCGCAAAGGUUAUGCAAGAUUGAUUGAUGAAUUGAUGAACCAUAGUGAAACCAAAACACCACCUUCUAGAGUUGAUGUUUGGACCAAAGCACAUAAGAAGAAAAAUGGCGAACCAAUAAAUUCAGAAGUGGCUAAAGCUUUUGAUUUGGUUGAAGAAUAUAAGAAAGAUCCUGCUAUGUCUUCAACUACAAGUGUUAAUGGAGACAUCCUCACAAAAGUCCUUGGUCCUGAAAAAAAUACAUACAUGAGAGCUUUUGGAAGAGGAGUUACUCGGUCAAAGUUGCAAAUUGUGUCAGAAAGAGAUGACCAUCUGAUGAAGAUAGAAGGUUAA